UCCCGCCCCGGGGCUGCCGGCGGUGUCCGCGCCUCCCCGCCCGCCCCGAUUUCCUCCGCGCAGUGGCGGCGGUGGUGGCGGCGGCGGCGCCUCGUGCGUGCGGUUAUUUAUUUAUUUCCGGGCUCCAGAGCGCUUAUAAUGGAGCCGCUGUCAGCAGAACCUUCUGCCGCCGCCACCGCCGCCGCCGCCACCGUCCCUCCUCUUUUUUUUCCCGGCAGAUCUUUGUUGUGUGGGAGGGCAGCAGGGAUGGACUUGAGCUUGCGGAUCUCCUGCUAGAGCCGCCGCGCUUGGAAGAGGGCGCCGCCGUCGCCGCCGCCGCCCCGAGGCCCCGCCGGAGCCGGCCUGCGUCCGCCCGCACCCCUGCCCACUCGGCCCACCCGCCCCGCGCUUCCCGGCAGAGUCCCCUCGUGGCGGCAGAUGUGUGUGGGGUCAGCCCACGGUGGGGACUAUGGUGAAAUUCCCGGCGCUCACGCACUACUGGCCCCUGAUCCGGUUCCUGGUGCCCCUGGGCAUCACCAACAUAGCCAUCGACUUCGGAGAGCAGGCCUUGAACCGGGGCAUCGCGGCUGUCAAGGAGGAUGCGGUGGAGAUGCUGGCCAGCUACGGGCUGGCCUAUUCCCUCAUGAAGUUCUUCACAGGUCCCAUGAGUGACUUUAAAAACGUGGGCCUGGUGUUUGUGAACAGCAAGCGGGACAGAACCAAAGCUGUCCUGUGCAUGGUGGUGGCCGGAGCCGUCGCCGCCGUCUUUCACACCCUGAUAGCUUAUAGUGACCUAGGCUACUACAUUAUCAAUAAGCUGCACCAUGUGGACGAGUCAGUGGGGAACAAAACGAGAAGGGCCUUCCUGUAUCUUGCUGCCUUCCCUUUCAUGGAUGCGAUGGCAUGGACCCAUGCUGGCAUUCUCUUAAAACACAAGUAUAGCUUCCUGGUGGGAUGUGCCUCAAUCUCAGAUGUCAUAGCUCAGGUUGUUUUUGUAGCCAUCUUGCUUCACAGUCACCUGGAGUGCAGAGAACCCCUGCUCAUCCCAAUCCUCUCCCUGUACAUGGGCGCACUUGUGCGCUGUGCCACCCUGUGCCUGGGCUACUACAGGAACAUCCACGAUAUCAUCCCCGACCGGAGCGGGCCGGAGCUGGGGGGAGAUGCAACAAUAAGAAAAAUGCUGAGCUUCUGGUGGCCACUGGCUCUCAUCUUGGCCACACAGAGAAUCAGCAGGCCUAUUGUCAACCUUUUUGUGUCCCGGGACCUUGGUGGCAGUUCUGCAGCUACAGAGGCAGUGGCAAUUUUGACAGCCACGUACCCCGUGGGUCACAUGCCAUAUGGCUGGUUGACGGAAAUCCGCGCUGUCUACCCUGCUUUUGACAAGAAUAACCCCAGCAAUAAACUGGUGAGCACAAGCAACACAGUCACGGCAGCCCACAUCAAGAAGUUCACGUUCGUGUGCAUGGCCUUGUCACUUACGCUCUGUUUUGUGAUGUUCUGGACCCCAAACGUUUCCGAGAAAAUUUUGAUAGACAUCAUUGGCGUGGACUUCGCCUUCGCAGAGCUCUGUGUCAUUCCUUUGCGAAUCUUCUCCUUCUUCCCGAUUCCAGUCACUGUGAGGGCCCAUUUCACCGGGUGGCUGAUGACACUGAAGAAGACCUUCGUCCUGGCCCCCAGCUCCGUGCUGCGGAUCAUUGUCCUCAUCACCAGCCUCGUGGUCCUGCCCUACCUCGGGGUACACGGAGCCACCCUGGGCGUGGGCUCCCUCCUCGCGGGGUUUGUGGGAGAAUCCACCAUGGUCGCCAUAGCCGCGUUGUACGUCUAUCGGAAACAGAGAAGGGACGAGAUUAACCAGGGAGUGAAUGGAGGUGGAGAAGAGAAGGGGUCCAGGGGUAUACCUCUGGGGGAUACCACUGUGGGCCCCCCCAGCAAUGGCAGCCAGGUGGUGACAGCUGAAAUUGGCGGAGAUUUGGACCUAACCAAGAAAAAGAAGACAGAGAACGAGUCAGCCGUGGACGGGGAGGACUCGGCCAUGACGGACAUACCUCCAGCAGAGGAGGGGACAGACGUUGUGGAAAUGAGAGAGGAGAAUGAAUAAGGCCUGGGACACGGUGCUGCGGGGAUGGUCGAGAUGACACUUUUCCGCCUCAUCUCCUCUCCCACCGAGUUUUGUUCCCUUUUGGUUUUGGUAAUGAAAGAGGCCUUGAUUAAGGUUUCCUAUAAACUCCCUGGCAUACUGGGUAUGCUCACACACAGGCAGGGACCUGGGGAAUGGUCUUCGCUGUUGCUGUGUAAAAACCAACAAAACAGUUGACUUCACGCCCCCGCUUCAUGAAAACCCAAAAGAUGUAGCUGCCUCUAGUCCGAGUUGCCUCCCCUCCCCCUCGGACAGUCUCCACUCGGAACCAAAGGACUGCGGCUCUGCCAUCCAACGCCCCGUGGCCACCGCUGCCCAGCAGGCCCCACAUAGCACCCUGUCCCUUUGCAUCUCUCUUAAGAAUCAGCAGGUUACAACUUGGUUUUCUGUGAUUGGCCUCGCAGUCACAUGGCUGUGCAGAGAGAGGUAACCCAGGUGGCCUUCCACUAUGGAGUCAUCAACUGUCCACUGCACAGGUGCAGAGGGUUGGCCCGGAGGGGCCCUUCACACUGAAGAAGGGGUGUGUGAACACGCUGGGCAGCUGGAUGGGAAUAACCGCCUGUGGGAAAGUGUGAGCUGCCACAGGAGCAGCCAGCUGACAGCAUCCAAUGCUCGCAUUUCACCUGGCCCUCCCCUGGAUGCGAGUGAGCUCCCACGUCGUGCCUCGCCUUGUACAUACCCCGCUAACUGCUAACUUGAACGCCGCCGCCGUCACAAAGCGCAUCUCCAGAUUUCAGCUUCCUUCCGCAUGGCUUCCCCUGAAGGCUUGUUCUUCACUCACCUUCCUGAAGAUGGCACUAGAGCAAGGGAAAUGGAGCAUUCUAACUCUGCGUUUUAGUUUUUACAGUGAACUGAAGCUUUAAGUCAUAAUCUCAUUCUAAUGCCAGGUUGCCGUAUUGUAACUUUUGAAGUAGAUGUAAUACCUGGUUCAGCCAUUCUUAGUCAAACCGUGCAGUACAGGUAAUUCCACGUGUAUACCCCUCUCCCGCCACAGGAUAAAGCAAGACAUUUUAUAAACAAUAUCAAAGUCACUAUGUGAUAUUCCCUGAGAUGACACAUUUGAAAUCCAUUUAGUGCAGUAUAUUUUUCUAAGUUUUGGAAAGCGGGUUUUUUCUUUAAAAAAAAAAAAUACUGACACAGUUCAGUAAAUUUGAUUUCGUCAAAAUUCCUAGACUGAAAGAACCUAGACACAAAAAAUAUUUUAAAGAUAUAAAUAUAUACUGUAUAUGUUAUGUAAUUUAUUUUAGGCUAUAAUACAUUUCCUAUUUUCUCAUUUUCAAUAAAAUGUCUCUAAUACAAUACGGUGAUUGCUUGUGUGUCAACAUACGUGCAGUUGAAACGUAUUGUAUCUAUGAACAUUGUCUCUUAUUUGUAGCAGUUUUACAAAGCCUGUCAUUUGUACAUAAAUAUAGGGAUCAGUAAAUAACAAGAGAUCUAUUUUUCAUCAUGGGUAACGGGUGUAAAUGGGUCAGCCAGUAUAGACACUGGUGAGGAUGGAAGUAGAUGCUGGAAGAGCAAAAAAGACUAAAGGAAAAGACAAGGCUUUUUGUAUUUAUUGUUUUCAGUGCUGUGUGAUCCUGUUGUUUCUCAAGGAAAAAAGAAUGUAAGAGCAUAAAGCCAGCCAUGAACAUCACAGGGUUGAAUUCAGACUUCCGGACACCCAGUGGCCCUUGGGGUGCCCACCGCAAAGACAAACCCCCUGUAGACAGGAGCGCUGAAAAUUAGGACGCAUAGCUUCAGGGUGGUUUCAGGGAAGACCUGAGAAGGUAGGAAAUAGAUCUAAUUUUAUCAGCUUUUUUUUUAAGUACAUGGCUAGAGAAUUAAACAGUAUUUUUUAACAUGGUUGAUUAUUUUAUCAGUGGGGUUAGAGUUUAAAGACAACAUUGAAUAAACUAAUUCCCUCUAAAUCGGGCAGAUCAGCUAGAGACUCCUUUGGCAACUAGUACAUAUCAUAACUUCAGACGCCCCUUCAGCGACAGAUUCACAGAGUAGGAUAUUUUAGUAGAAUUUUGGAGACACAGGAAGCAACCCCCAGCCCAUGGCGAUGGAGCUGUGACUGAAGGAUGGGUCCAAGCCCUUUGGCCUUGAAGCACAUGACCUCCCACAGUUCCUUCACUUGGGCUGCUGAAGUCCCAGCCUAUCAAACACAUACUUAACUCCUAAAGCAAAACCCAUUCCGGGCAGGUUCUCCGGCAUCUGUUCUGACCACCACGCACGGUGAAGGCAGUCAAACCAGAGAAGUGCAGGCACGUCUUCCGACUUUUCGGAGUGAGGGGCACACUUUUGACUUUGCUGACCAAAGAAACGUUCGCCCAACAGGUUUUUUUUAAUUGCACAUUGCUCUAAUGAUAGAUACCUUAGAAAGGCAUGAUACCCAUGAGGCUGUCAUGCCAGGGGCCAUGAAAAAGCCAGGUGUGACUUUCUCAAUGUACAGUGAUUGCUUGAG